UUCACAAUGGUAUUUGGAAUGCUUAUUUGUUGACGAUCAGCUGAUUAAGACUUUUUAUUGCACUUGUGGAAUAAAAAAAAAUAUAUAUCUCACACUGGUAUUUUGGUGAAAUCAAAAUUUUUCUAGAAAAUUUAAUCAAUAUGCUUAAAGCGUUAAACAGAUCUCAAACGUUCGUACAGUUGAUUGAUAAAAAGUGUGCUGAAAUAUUUUUUCGCAAAGAGAAUUGUUUUACAAUAAUAUGCACACAUUGCGAAUUAAAAACUUUCAGUUUCGAGGAGUAUUUACUGCAUUUCAAAAAUGUGCAUCUUGCAACAAACAAUUCAUUACAAAGUAAUACAAAUAUUGAAACAGUGGAAAUAAAAAUCGAAGACGGCAAAGACUUCGAAGCAAUUUCGGAUAACGAGUUUAAUACUCUUACAGAAUUACAGGAAGUGCCUUUUUCUAAUUCAACCAAUUUAUCCUCCCCUUUUGUUGUCAAUGACAAAAUAACCUCUGAUGACUUAGAUGAGCAUAAUGAAUGGCUAAAUGAUGAAGAAACAGUUAAAAGUGAUGAAGAACUAAGCAAUCAGGGUUCUGAAUAUAUACCAAGGAUACUCAAACCUGAGCCAAAAAAGAGUUUAACAACAGCGGAAUUCAUAUGCAAGGAAUGUUCUAAAAGUUAUAAAUUCGCAAAAAACUUAGAACGUCAUAUAAAAAAAUGUCAUAGUGAAGAAUUACAAUAUACAUGUGUACGUUGUAAACAGAAUUUUAAGGAUGAGCGAUUACUAAACGCACACCUGCGAAAAAAACAUUCCGGAUUUCCAUGUGGAGAAUGCGAGAAGGUAUAUUCUAGUAAAGAAGCAUUAAAUAUUCACCAAUACAAGCACACUGGUGUGCGAGGAUUCCAUUGUAGUAUAGAUGGCUGUGGCAAAUCUUUUUUUAAUCCAAAGCAGCUAUCGAUGCACACACGUUAUGUCCAUCGGCUUGAAAAAAAUUUUGUAUGUGAAGUAUGUGGAUUUCGCACAAAAGGUCAACCUGCUCUAAUUGUGCACAAGCGUUCACACACUGGAGAAAGGCCAUUCGUUUGUAAAUUGUGCGGCAAGGCAUUUGCUUCUAAAUCGCUUUUAUGUGAGCAUGAACCAUCACAUUCAAAUGAGCGACCACAUGUGUGCGAUGUCUGUGGACGAACGUUUGCGCGACCAAAAGCACUGUAUCAUCAUAAACAUCUUCAUUUGGGCAUAAAGAAAUUUGUGUGUAAACUCUGUGGCCGUGCCUUUGCACAAAUGGCUGGGCUUGCUGGUCACAUGCGGCAACAUAAAGCGGAUAACUGUUGGAGAUUGCACGCAAAAAUGCUUAAAAUCGUUAAUGCUGCAAAUAAAUUCGGUUAUAAUCAGUCAAAGUCUAAAUGUGCCGAAAUUCAUUAUCAAUCUUCAACAUUUUCGAUUUUAUGCAUUUUCUGUGGUUUGAAAACGCUUGCGUUUUCUGAAUUCUGUGAACAUUUUAAAAAACAUUGUGAAGAAUUCACGAACGAAUUGUCUGACACAGAAGUAUUGACUAUUAAUAUUGAAAGUAACAGUACGACAAAUUCCAAUUGCAAGCACGAUCCAUUGAAAUUAGAAGCCGCAGAUAUCACAAAUGAUUCGGAUGUGGGAUUAAACAUUCUUGGAACAGCCAAUCAAGGUGCAAUAAAUAAAAUACAAAAUAAAAACGAUGAAAGUCUUACUGUUAGUCAGUUGUUUCGGCACAAACCAGUAUUUGUGGGAUUACAAUAUGAUAAGAAUAUUGUGAAAAACAAAAUAAAAGAGGAAGAUACCGGCGUGAACACGAAAUCUACUAAAACAAAUUUGGUACAUUGUUCAACUUAUAAAAGGACUUCAGAUCAUGAACACCCCAGUGAAAGCGAAAGUGAUCAUACAGAUUUAAACCACACAGAAAGUAAGGUAAAUGAAAGUAUUGAUUGGACGAAAUCCUACCAACCAAAUUUGUUAAAAAAUAGUGGCAAACGUCCUUACAAAGCACGUAAUACGCCAAAUAUGUGCACAUAUUGUGGUAAAACAUUUCGACGCCGUCUGCAACUGGAUACGCAUUUAAAUAUACACACUGGUUCCAAACCACACCAAUGUGAGAUUUGCGGACGUCAAUUUCGUGCAGUGACAACAUUAGCUCGCCAUCGCAAUACCCACCAAAAUCGCUCCGAUUUCUGCUGUAAGUUUUGUUCGAAGUCUUUUUCCCGGCGCGCAGCAAUGUUAAGCCACGAAUUGCGGCACACACAAGAGCGACGCAUACCAUGCAACGAGUGUGAAAAGCUAUUCUACACGGUUAAUCAAAUGGAUACACAUAAACGAAAAGUUCAUCAUAUGACGGAUGAUGCAUCCUUACCAUUUCAAUGUAAUUUGUGCACAAAUCGCUAUCGCAGUGCCUCUAUGUUAAGUACACAUAAGUUGAAAAAACACUAUAAAACAGCAAAAAUAUUUUGUGAGCAAUGUGACAAAAAGUUCAUUGAUGAAGCUCAAUUAGAGGUUCAUAAAACUAUACACAAACCAACUCUUAAACAUAAUUCUUAACAAAUUGAUACAUUUAGUAAAUAAUAUCAAUUCUUUUAAUUCCUUUGUAUUUUUGUCGUUGAAAUAUCAUCACUCAUCAAAUAUCUUUCUAUUGAUUGACCUAUGAUUUGAAAAUGUUUACAUUUUAUUAAUAAUUAAAAAUUGUAUGAAAUUCGGGAGUUUUAAUAG